GCGGCGGCGCUCUUUCUCUCCCCGUGUUAGCGUGUUAGCAGGUUAGCGGCAGCGCGGAGCGGAGUUUCACCGAGUUUCACUAAGUAAAAGCGCAGGAAAGAUGGCAGCGGCCGGUACGCAGGGCAGGAAGAGGCUCCUGCGGGAGGAGGACAUGACCAAGGUGGAGUUUGAGACCAGCGAGGAGGUGGAUGUGACCCCCACCUUCGACACCAUGGGCCUCCGGGAGGACCUGCUCCGCGGCAUCUACGCUUACGGUUUUGAGAAGCCGUCGGCCAUCCAGCAGCGAGCCAUCAAGCAGAUCAUCAAAGGCCGAGACGUCAUCGCCCAGUCUCAGUCUGGAACAGGAAAGACCGCCACCUUCUGUGUGUCGGUGCUGCAGUGUCUCGACAUCCAGGUGAGGGAGACCCAGGCUCUGAUCCUCGCUCCAACCAGAGAGCUGGCGGGACAAAUUCAGAAGGUGCUGCUCGCUCUGGGAGACUACAUGAACGUCCAGUGUCACGCCUGCAUCGGGGGAACCAACGUGGGCGAGGACAUCAGGAAGCUGGACUACGGUCAGCACGUGGUGUCCGGGACGCCCGGGCGGGUGUUUGACAUGAUUCGCCGCAGGAGUCUGAGGACGAGAGCCAUCAAGAUGCUGGUCCUGGACGAAGCCGACGAGAUGCUCAACAAAGGGUUUAAGGAGCAGAUCUACGACGUGUACCGUUACCUGCCUCCGGCCACACAGGUGGUUCUGAUCAGCGCCACGCUGCCGCACGAGAUCCUGGAGAUGACCAACAAGUUCAUGACAGACCCGAUCCGCAUCCUGGUCAAACGUGACGAGCUGACCCUGGAGGGCAUCAAGCAGUUCUUCGUGGCGGUGGAGAGGGAGGAGUGGAAGUUUGACACUCUGUGCGAUCUGUACGACACGCUGACCAUCACUCAGGCCGUCAUCUUCUGCAACACCAAGAGGAAGGUGGACUGGCUGACGGAGAAGAUGAGGGAGGCCAACUUCACGGUGUCGUCGAUGCACGGAGACAUGCCUCAGAAAGAGAGGGAGUCCAUCAUGAAGGAGUUCAGAUCAGGAGCCAGCCGGGUCCUGAUCUCCACCGACGUCUGGGCUCGAGGUUUGGACGUCCCUCAGGUGUCUCUGAUCAUCAACUACGACCUGCCGAACAACAGAGAGCUCUACAUCCACAGGAUUGGCCGAUCCGGUCGUUAUGGCCGUAAGGGCGUGGCCAUCAACUUUGUGAAGAACGACGACAUCAGGAUCCUGCGGGACAUCGAGCAGUACUACUCCACCCAGAUCGACGAGAUGCCCAUGAACGUGGCCGACCUGAUCUGAUGUCACCUGGACGACGUCACACGGAGCCCCGCCCCUUUUUACCUGUGUUGCUUUCUGUUUUUAUUUUUGGAUGUUUUAGGGUGUUUUGAUCUGGUAGAGACGAGCGAAAGGCUGCAGACCCGUUUUUGUAAAUAAAGUUGUUUUGGUUCCA